AUGAUUAAUAAUAAGAAUAACAACUCCAGGGUAUCCCAUGGAUUCAGCACUCGAAGUGCGAGAAGCUUAAAUAAAGUCAAUUCUUUUCUUAAAGUUUUUGUCUUUACAUUAGUAAUUUUGGCAAUUCAAUGUUUUAACGAAAGUUUUUCCGCUUCUGCGCAAAAGAGCUCAGGAAAUGGGCCCAAAGUGGCUAUCAGUCGAUUACUAAGUGAUUUAGAUGACAGUACUGAAAGCCUCUCCACAGCUGACGAAGACGAAGGUUCAAAAAGCAACAUAACAGCUGAAUAUUACUAUAUCAUUGUGGAUGACGGCGAAAAUCAAGUAGAUGAAUAUGGAAGUGCAGAAAACUUCCCAUUACAUAGUAAGAUUGAUGAUGAUAUCCAAAUGGCAGAAGAAGUUCUGCCUAUAAGACAAGAAAAAAUAUCCAGAGGAAAGGAUUACCGAGGCAAUAUAAUAGGAGAGACAACCGUGACAGAUAUUAUAUAUGAAGAUGAAUUCAUGAGAAACUAUAGAAAUAAGAAGAGAAAAGGAAAGUUUCACAAGAGAAUGUAUAAAUUCCUCAAGAAGCACCACUACAUUAUUCCAACAAUUAUAGCUGGUCUUUCUCUAAUAGUAAACAAUACCGGAUUGGCAAUAGGUGUGAUGAUGAUAUAUCUAAUAUUUAUGUCACUCCUAUACGUACACAAAAAAGUAAUUUAA